UCUCUUUUUUUUUGUUAUUUAUGCCCACACAAGUUGGUCAUACGCUGGUGCGGCUGGGUUUUUGUUUAGCAUUUAGGAAAGCCGCAAGCUUUAUGCGGUUAUCAAGUAUCGCAAGACAUGGCAUUGCGGAAAGUCAAGGGUAAUAUCGAACGAAUGUUCGACAAGAACUUGACGGACCUCGUCCGCGGUAUUAGGAACAACAAGGAGAACGAGACUAAAUACAUUUCACAAUGCAUCGACGAAAUCAAGGAAGAGCUCCGGCAGGAGAAUAUGUCUGUGAAGGCCAACGCUGUUGCGAAGCUGGCUUAUCUCCAAAUGCUCGGAUAUGACAUCAGCUGGGCAGCUUUCAACAUUAUCGAAGUUAUGAGUUCCACAAAGUUCACGUACAAGCGAAUUGGUUACCUGGCUGCAUCACAGAGCUUUCACGAAGGCACCGAUGUCCUCAUGCUAACCACCAACAUGAUUCGAAAAGACCUGAACAGUCAGAGCAUGUAUGACUCGGGCACAGCCAUGAGCGGCCUGGCCUGCUUUGUGACCGCUGACCUGGCACGGGACUUGGCCAACGAUGUGAUGACGCUGCUCACAUCCACCAAGCCUUACCUGCGCAAAAAAGCGGUGCUACUCAUGUACAAGAUUUUCCUUCGAUUCCCAGACGCCCUGAGGCCAGCAUUCCCACGGCUGAAAGAAAAACUGGAGGACUCAGACCCAGGGGUGCAGUCUGCGUCGGUGAAUGUCAUUUGUGAGCUGGCACGAAAAAACCCAAAAAACUACCUCUCACUGGCACCGGUCUUUUUCAAGCUGAUGACCAGCUCCACAAAUAACUGGAUGCUGAUCAAAAUCAUCAAGUUGUUUGGUGCCCUCACCCCACUUGAACCUAGGCUGGGGAAAAAGUUGAUCGAGCCUCUAACUAACUUAAUCCACAGCACCUCUGCAAUGUCCCUGCUCUAUGAGUGCAUCAACACAGUCAUAGCAGUCUUGAUUUCUAUAUCCUCAGGAAUGCCAAACCACUCUGCGUCAAUACAGCUCUGCGUCCAGAAACUCCGAAUAUUGAUAGAAGACUCCGAUCAAAACUUGAAAUACCUGGGGCUGCUGGCCAUGUCCAAGAUACUGAAGACGCACCCCAGGAGUGUCCAAGCCCAAGACUUGGUGCUGCAGUGUCUUGAUGACAAGGACGAGUCUAUCCGCCUCAGGGCUCUGGACCUGCUCUACGGCAUGGUGUCGAAGAAGAACCUGAUGGAGAUAGUGAAAAAGUUGAUGGUCCACAUGGAUCGGGCAGAAGGAACCACCUACCGAGAUGAGCUUUUGUCCAAGAUAAUAGACAUCUGUUCCCAAAACAACUACCAGUACAUCACGAAUUUUGAAUGGUAUGUCAGUGUGCUGGUGGAGCUGACCCGGAUUGAAGGGACCAAGCAUGGCCUCACCAUCGCAUCCCAGAUGCUGGACGUGGCUGUUCGAGUGCAAGCGGUCCGGGCCUUUAGCGUCUCUCAAAUGGCUGUGCUGCUGGACAACACGCAUCUGCUGAUGGGCAGUGGCCAGCGAAACAGCAUUUGUGAAGUGCUUUAUGCGGCCGCUUGGAUCUGCGGAGAAUACUCUGAGCUGCUUCCAGAGCCGCACUCCACGCUGGAGGCCCUGGUGGUCCACGGGCGAGCCAGCUUCCCCGCACAUCCAGAGCACGUACGUGCACAAUGCUCUAAAGCUGGGCCCGCCUGGUGGCUGCUGCUGAUAGAGGACCGCAGGAGGAUGACCACCCUGAUGACUACUGCCUGCUGUGCCCUGAACUUGGUGAAGCAAGUGAGCAAGAUGCACGCACGGGGUGAGCAAGUGAGUGACGAACUACUGGCCCUAUUCUCUGGUGAGCUCAACCCAGUGGCACCCAAAGCACAGAAGAAAGUCCCACUUCCCGAAGGCUUGGACCUGGACCAAUGGAUUAAUGACCCACCCUCAGAAUCUUCAUCAGAAGAGGAAGAGAAUACAACGGAAAUAUUUAUCAAGUCCGACAAGAGUGCAGCUGUGUCCCGCUUCUCAGAGAAGAAAUAUGAGCCUAGCAAAGAAGAACUGGAGAGUAUGAGAGAAGCUCGCAGGCAGGAGCAGGCCAGCAACCCACACUACCUGAAGGCCAUGCCCAAGAGCAGGUCGACCAAUGGCCAUCUGCAAGGGGCAACUAUGGAUGAUAUCCCAGUGACGGAGAUCGAUCUGUCGGUGCCUCUUCACAUACCUGGUCUCAUUUCAUCAGACAAGUAUCUCAGUGCAAGUCGCAAAGAGCAAGGCAUGACACAUGGCAGUGAUGGAACCAAGAAGAAGAAGAAAAAGCUCAAGAAAAGCAAGGAUCGGCUGAAAAAACCACUUGCCUCCGAGUCCGAGGAGGAGUUACCUGCACCACUUGGUGUAGUCAACACUUCCGCUGAGAUGCCCGAAGGUGCGCGGCUUACGGACAACGACGACGAGGAGCGCAACGCUGAUGACCCACAUCGUGCUUUGGACAUUGACCUCGAAGAGCCCCUGCAAGAGGAGGAGAGGCUGCCAACGCAGGCACACCAUGACGACUUGUUGGCGGAGUCGUUGCAGCGGAACCAAAAAGGAGGGCGUCGUCCCGAAAGCACAAGGAGCACAAGCAUCGCAAGGCUCACCGUGACCACAAGAGAAGUCUCGAGGCCGCCACAAAGGCUCCUGCUGAGGUUGACUCAGGUGCAAAGCAGGAUGAUCUGGACUUCUGGCUUUCACCUUCCGAGGGUCAAGACAGGCCGGCAGCAGGUGGUGAUCUUGCCAUGGAUUCAGUGCUGCAGACAUCCCGACAAAUCUCUUCCCGAGUACGUUCGGGCUUUGAAGGAGCUCUACCUCCUUGCCGAUCCUACUGCAUCAGACGCCGAGAAGGUGGAGCGACCCAUCCACCAGGCUCGUCCAGCCUUCGCCGCUUACCUUCGGAGCGCCCGCUAUCAUGACCUAAACGAGCUGGCAUCCGAUGCGAAGGGUAUUCAGGGCGACAUUUUGUCGGCGCAAGACUAUCGCCCGCAGCCACCGCCUUCCGCGUCUUUCGAGCCUCGUUGCGCAUGGGCUGGUCGUGACUCUUCACACUGGGGUUCCCCGAACCAUGAGGCGGCCUCUGCCGCGAGACCGAGACGCGCUAGAUGUGUUGGACCGCGCACUGGACCCGUACUCGCACGCCAGGCGGCCACCUUUGCCGGCAGCGUGAACAAGAACGGAAAACCCCGUGCUUCCAGUGCAAAGGGGCGGCGCAAGAAGCACCACGAUAGUGAAGCAUCUGGCAGCAAGAAGAAGAAGAAAGCCAAGACGGCCACCCUGCUGCAACAGGACGUUCCCAAAGACAAGCGAGAGUACGAAGAGGCGCCAGGCAUCACCACACCAUCGAAGGAGCCCAGCUUCAGUGCCACCCAGACACCCAUGACACCCAGCAUGCCACCACCUGCCUCUAAUUACAAGCUUCUGGCUGAGGACAAGAAUAUUAAACUGACUUACGAAGUGCGCACGCUGCCCAUGGUGCGGGACCAGGUGUUGGUGUCGGUGAUAUUCACCAACCUCAGCCUGUACCAGCUCAAGGAGAUGGAGCUGAACAUUCUGGACACGCUCAACACCAAGAUGCUACGAAGGGCUGCUAGUCCACAUGAGGGCAUUAGUGUUCCCUUCCAGCUGCCCAAGGGAACAGCCAAUGAGUGCCAGUUUGCCUUCACAGUGGACAGCGUCUCAAUGUCCCAGCGUUUGCGGGGCACCCUCACCUACAUGGUCAUGACAGAAACUGGUUCCACGCACGAGAAGCUGGACUUAAAACUGCACCUGCCAGUUUCUUCUUACCUGAUAGGAACAAUGUCUAAAAGGGACACAUUUGCCGAGCUACUGAGUGGCGGGGGAGUGUCGGAAAAAGGCAGCAUUACCCUGGAGGCCAUCGAAUAUGAAUUCCCUCACGUUCUCUCCAAGGUGUGAUUCCACUGUCACUUCACAGUGGUAGAACAAGUUGGGCUGAGUGCCUCUCUGUACAGCCGCUCCAUCCAGGAUGACCACAUCUGCCUUUUAAUCAAGCACAUGAAUCCGAGUCGAGUUUUCGUGGAUGGGAAGAGCACCAACGAGCAGCUUCUGUCCAGCCUGCUGGAAGAAUUGCGUUCUCUACUGUGUACAGCCGGCACCAGCAUAUAGAAGAUAUAAUCCAAGGAAGAUUACUAGAAAUGAUGCUUCUUUCAAUGGAGGUGCAAACUAUGUAUAUUUAUGCCAAGAGACCAUUUUUUCUUCGCUGCAGCCUCUUAUUUUGCGUAUAAAGCAGUUGGGAGGCCAUAUUGUAAGCGUGCUGUUACCGCAUGGAGGAGGAGGCAAAGGAGAUAGAAUUGCUUUCAACAGAAUUGUUAUAGCAGAAAUAUAAGCUUGAGGUUGUCUCCCGUAGUGGGGCAGUGGUGCCGACUUGAAGGUCACGAGUUCAAUCAAUCCUGGCUGCGGCAGUCACCUGUGGAUGGAGGUGAAUAACCUGUAAAAUUUCAGUGCACGUUAAAAAUGGUCCAAAUAUGGGAGCCCUUUAUUAUGACGUCUCUCAUGAUAUUGUGGUUUUUUAUUAAAGCUCGAGGUUGAAGCACGGGAUGCCUUUUGAUCGCUAUUUGAUAACUCCUUCUAUGUUGAUUUUCUCAAACUGUCGGCGUGGGACAGGGAUAACCCAGCAUGAAACAGGCAAAUCCGAUUGACCACGCUCAAGCACUUAAGUUUUGAUCCAGUCCCCGUCGUUUAGCGGCUGUUUUAUAUCUGUUCUAUUGACAAAGCGAGGCCUCCACCCAUUAUGUGCCUGUUCCACGGCUAUUCUCACGUCUUUACUGUAAGACUAGCCUCAACUAAUAUUGUGCGGCUUCAUCUUGUUUUUCUGUUCAAUCCCUCGUCUAUCUUGCGACCGAGGGCUCACAAAAUAGACCCUCAGGAGUACAUGGGCCUACAUCAUACUACAUAUAUAUGUAUAUAAAUAGAGAUCUGGGCCUUACAAAGGUGUUUCCUUAUAUAAUUGAGUGAACAGAAUGAAAUUUAAUACACUUAUUUAAGUUUUUUUUGGCAGACUCUAAAUCUCUGAGCAAAUUUUAGUAGCUGCAUUAGAACAAGAGAUAUGCCGUUUCUGCGAUGUCUUUUAGCACAUUUCUUACAGGGAUUUUUGGCAACUUUACUUUGUCAACCACAGAAAUUAAGUAUGUGCCGAUUUCCACAAGUCCAACAUAGCCGGCACUUGUACACCAAAUAUUUUGCACCAAAUUAUAAUUAUUCAUAUUGAUAAAUAGUGUGUAGCAUAAAAUUUUGUCAUAUUUGCAUCCAUUUAUAUUGUAUCAGAGGCUCGUUGAAACCAAUCUGUUUAGCAUGAUUUGCUAGGCUAACUCUUUGGCAGUCUUGCCAUAGACCUUGUUUUCGUGUUUGACAAAACUAAGGUGACAAAAAGAAGCUUGAGAAAUUUUUAGAAAUUGCAUAUUUUUUUGUUCUAAUGCAGCUAAAAAAAAUCUGCUCAGCAUUUUGUAACCUGCAGAAAAAAGUGAAUACAUAGACUAAAUUGAAUCCAUUUAGCCCAAAAAAAAAAUAAAGAAAACAUUUUC